GUCUUUCCCAAGUACUUUUGUGUGACGUUCUUUUCACACAUUACGAGUGGAAGUUUUGAAAUUAUGACGGGCUAGCAGUUAACCUGGACGGUAUAAAACCGUAUCACACAGACCACAUACCUUCCAUUCCAUUUCAUAAUUAUAGUCUUCAUUAGCUUCCUCCUUGUUUUGAAUCCAAUGGCAAUCGUGAGCAAAGUGUUGGUGAUCGGAGGGAGUGGAUACAUCGGAAAAUACAUUGUAGAAGCAAGUGUUAAGAACGGACACCAAACAUAUGCGCUUCUCCGGGAACAAACAUUUUCUCAACCUCACAUUCAAGAUUAUUUCCUGAGGCUUGGUGUCCAUCUUAUUCAUGGAGACAUAUAUGAUCAUGAAAGCCUAGUAAAAGCAAUGAAAAAAGUAGAUGUUGUGAUAUCUGCAGUUGGUCACCGUUCACACUCUAACAUACUCAUUCAAGAUCAAAUCAAGAUAUUAGCCGCUAUUAAAGAGGCAGGUAACAUCAAGAGAUUUAUUCCAUCAGAAUAUGGAAUGGAUGUGAGUAGGGCAAGAGUGAAUGCCAUUGGUCCAGCAAAGAGUCUAUUUGAGGCUAAGAUGGUAAUUCGCCAAGCAAUUGAAAAAGAAAGAAUUCCAUUCACUAUUGUGUGCAGCAAUUAUUUCGCACGUAUUUGUAUUCCUUACUUAUUUCAAUAUGAUAUUCAAUCCUCAACCAUGGAUCAUGCUAUCAUCUUUGGUGAUGGAACUUCAAAAGCAAUAUUUAGCAUGGAAGAAGACAUAGCCACGUACACGAUGAAAACCAUAAAUGAUCCAAGGACCAUAAACAAGAUUGUUCAUAUUAGACCCGACGGCAACAUUUACUCAUCCAAUCAGCUUUUGUCUUUAUGGGAGAAUAAGAUUGGCAACACUGUUUCAUGUAAAUACAUCACAGAGGAACAACUUCUUAAGGAUAUUCAAGAUGAAUCGGAUGCAUUAAAUAAACUAAUAUUAGCAGUUGCUUACUCAAGCUUCGUGAAAGGAGAUCAAACUAAUUUUGAUUUGGAGCCAUCCAUUGAUGUAGAAGCCACUAAACUAUAUCCUGAGGUCAAACACACCACAGUGGAUGAGUAUCUUGAUCAUUUAGCUGCAACUUCAUCAUGUAAUACUAAUUAGUACAUGCUUUUCCUUUUUUAUUGCUUAAGAUUGUUGGUAUGUUAAUGUAUUUUAGUCUUGAUUGUAAGCACUAUCUUUGUUUGCUUAAUAACACAAAUUGUUAUGAGGUGUUAUUGAGAGGCGUGUAACGUGUUAAAUUAAAUUGAAUUUAUUGUGAACGUCGGUAUAUAAAUGGGAAAAUAUGAGGUGCCCGCAAUUCAUAAGUCAAGGAUACCAUUCUAAAACCAUAUGUCAAUGGGA